AUGGAGUCUAUACAAGCUACACCCAUCAACCACCCUUUUCAUACUCUUGGUCGAUCGCAUGAACUGUCUUCCUUUGUCACAGUUCUGGAGAAAAUAGACCCUCGAAAAUCACACACAACAACAAAGGUCGAGGGAACUAUCCAACCUGCCCAAAGAGUUUUUACUGUGGCCAUCUCGGGAUGUACAUCAUCUGGCAAAACGACAUUGGCAUUGCUUCUCUCAGAAAUCUUCUCUUCCUUUCCACCCAAAGAGAGUUCAGCAGAUAAUGACUCUCCACUUGGAUCUGAAAAGGAAAAUCUAGGCGAUUCACAAGCUACCACCUCUUUCGCGACUCCCUUUACAACCACGAUUCAUCAGGAUGCUUUCUUUAUUCCAAAAGUACACUGCCCGUUUGUCGAAUUCAGCAGCACUCAUAAAGACAAGAGUUUCAUGAAAGAAAGUGUUGCCCAAAUAUAUGAAAAUCCGAUCUACUUUUACUCUUGGACUGGCAAAGAAGGAGAAGGAAUUGCGCGAAUUGCUGGACCAAAUACAGAUUGCAUGGAUGCAGUGGAUUUUGGCAAUCUUCUUCGCAAAGUGAAAGCAGCACAAAGAAACAAGAUUGAGCCAGAAAAGGACGCUCGGUAUAAAGAUGAUGCUGACAAGAAGCAACUGAUUCAGAAAUAUUCUGGGGUGAUCGCAAGCAUGCGCAAGAGAGUGAAGGAGCACUUCGCAUUACCAACAACCAACCAUACCUCGGGCUAUGGAGGGAGUAUCACAGACUAUAUCAAUGGAUGGGUCUUUGUUGAAGGAUUCUUACUAUUCAGUAAAACCAUGCCUUCCGAUAAUCAAUGCUCGGGAUUGGAUGACUGCUCGAAGGAUGAUCUUCAUGCAGAGGGUCUGAAGGAUUUGCAACCAGAAGUCAAUGAGGAGGUCAUGGCGAUGGACAAACAGUUAAUCAGAAUGAAGACAGAGAGAAUUCCAUCCAAGGAUGCCUUGAUGCAAGAGUUCGACGUCAAAUUAUUCCUGCCCACAACUAAGGAGGUCGCUAAGCAUAGGAGAAUGAGCAGAUUUCCAUAUGUCGAUUUUCCUGUGGGUGGAAGACAUCUGGGCCAAAUGUGGAAGUCAGAAGGAUAUUUUGAAGAUGUUGUUUGGAAAGAUUAUCAGGAUUCGUUUGGUUGGUUGUUGACAGAGACUGGGAAGGAGAAUGUUGAUGGGGUGUUUGUUAGAACCACUUUCGAUGACACAGUUGAGAAUACAGUUGAGUGGGCAGUUGGGAUUAUCCUUAGAGUUCUGAGUUCCAGAGGAAAGAAUUAA